AUGGUUGAAAUAGUUCUUUCUGUGUUGCUCCCUGUCGUUUUUGAGAAGCUGGCUUCUGCAGCUAUGAACAAGUUUGCUGAUCGCUCCAAGGAAAUUCAUACAGAGCUCAAAAAAUGGAGAACUAAGUUGUUAGCUGAUCAAGAACCAACAGUUAAUCAAAAAAACUUUAGCAUCGUGCCCAUUGUGGGUAUGGGUGGGAUCGGAAAAACCACUCUUGCUAGACUUUUAUAUAACGAGCCAAAGGUCAACCAACACUUUGAACUCAAGGCUUGGGUUUGUAUCUCACAUUAUUUUGAUUGCUUCAAUAUAAGCAAAGUUAUCUUUGAAGCUACAGCAAGUGAAGAAAAGAAAGAGAAGAAAUUCACAGAUCUAAAUUUGCUUCAAGAAGCUCUUAGAGAUCAACUUACAGGGAAACGAUUUCUACUAGUUUUGGAUGACGUGUGGAGCGAAAAGGUUGAAGAUUGGGAUACCUUAGUGCCUCCAUUUCAUGCAGUGGCUCCCGGAAGUAAGAUUAUCAUCACAACUAGAAAGGAAAAACUGAUCCAACAGUUAGGAAACGAUAAUCCAUACCAUCUGAAUAAGUUGUCACCUGAAGAUGCUUUGUCUUUGUUUGCUCAGCAUGCACUGGUUGCAACUAACUUUGAUUCCUAUCCAACACUCAGAUUAUAUGGUGAGGGCAUCAUGCAAAAAUGUGAUGGAUUGCCUUUGGCUUUAAAAUCACUUGGAAGUUUAUUGAGGACAAAAAUAAAUGAAGAAAAAUAG